AUGGUACAACAAAAAAUAAAGUUGCUUUUUAAUGGAGAUAGUUCUGUUGGCAAAACUAGUCUUCUCAUCAAGUACACAACUGGUGAAUUUCCUUAUGAAUAUACACCCACUGUAUUUGAUAACUACACUAUCAAUGUGACUUACAACAAUAUUCAAAUUGACAUGGAAUUGUGGGAUACUGGUGGACAAGAAGAUUACCCUCCAAUGAGACCGUUGAGUUAUUAUAAUACUUCGUGUUUUGUCCUAUGUUUCUCACUUGUUUAUAUGGACUCAUAUAAAAGUCUCAAAACACUUUGGUUGCCGGAAAUAAAACAAUAUAACCCAAACACUCCAAUAUUAUUAAUUGGCUUCAAAAGUGAUUUGAGAGAAUCAAAUGGAAAUAUUGAAAGUGAUUUUCCUCAAGGUAUUUAUCAAAGAAUAACAACAGAACAAGGCCUUCAAAUGGCUAAAGAUAUAGGAGCAAUGGGCUACAUAGAAUGUUCAACUAUAAAUGAUAUCAAUGUCAAUAUGGUUUUUGAAAAGGCCAAAAAGAUAAGUUAUGAGUAUCUUUAUACUUGUAUGAACACUAAAAAGCACGAUAAUAAAGAUUGCAUUCUGUGUUAA